UUUUUUUUUUUUUUUUGUAUUUUAUAUAUACAUAUGUGUUUACAUUUUUAGUUCAAAAAUGUAUCGUUAAUAUUAUUAAUUACUUAUCAAAACUUGUUUAGUUCUCAUUUUCAAUGUGUGGUCGCACAUGCCUAACACUUGAUCCAGAUCAGGUGAUAUGUGCCUGCAAAUACCCCAAGAAAAGCAUUAAAAAGGAGCCGGAGUCCGAGGGAAAUGCAACAAUCAAGGAUGAGGAGGAAGAGAAAAUGGAGACACCCGAGUGGCGGGCGGAGUUUAACCUGGGACGGCGUUAUCAGGCCUCCUACAACAUAGCUCCCACCGAUAUAACGCCUGUGAUCGUGUCUGCAGCUCAUUUCUCGGACGCCGAGGAUCAAAAGUGCGCCCGAGUGGUCGUGCCCAUGAUGUGGGGCAUGAUCCCGUUUUGGCACAAGGGUGACUACCGACGUCAUGGCUUGACCACCAACAAUUGCCGGCUAGAGCACUUAAUGGACUCAAAGCUGUAUCGGGGGCCCUUUAAGCGCGGUCAGCGAUGUGUGGUCAUAUGCGAGGGCUUCUAUGAGUGGCAAACUGCCGGUCCCGCCAAAAAGCCAUCGGAGCGAACAGCCUACUUAGUAUUCGUUCCGCAAGCUGCCGAUGUCAAGAUAUACGAUAAGACCACUUGGUCGCCCCAGGAUGUGAAGCUGCUGCGUAUGGCAGGACUCUUUGAUGUCUGGGAGGACGAAAGCGGCGAUAAGAUGUACAGCUAUAGUAUUAUCACCUUCCAGUCCAGCAAAAUCAUGUCCUGGAUGCACUACCGCAUGCCGGCGAUCCUCGAAAGUGAGCAGCAGAUGAACAAUUGGCUGGAUUUCAAACGAGUGAGCGACGCGGAAGCUUUAGCCACUCUGCGUCCAGCUACUGAACUUAAAUGGCAUAGGGUAUCCAAGUUGGUAAACAACUCGCGAAACAAAAGCGAGGAGUGCAACAAGCCUAUUGAACUGGCGGCUAAACCUGAGAAGCAACCUGUGAACAAAACCAUGAUGUCUUGGCUAAAUGUCCGUAAGAAGCGGCAAGAUCAAAUCAAAGCGGAACAGAGUGACACCAGUGAAGAUGAGAAGGAUCAGGAAAAAGAGUGCGAGGUUAGCAAACGCAGGACCACUUCUGAAGGUUCCCCCAUUGACAAUCCAGCGAAAAAAUUCAAAGAUUUUAAGGAAAGCCCAUAAACAAAGCAACGAUAAGCGAAGUGAAAUCUGUCGAAACUUAGAUUUCAUAAAAAUUGUUACAUUCAUAGUUGUAGUACAUUAUGUUUAAUUUUAUUAAAAACCGAAAUAUUUGUUCUCAAUACUCAAAAUACUCAAUACACAAAGGUUUAAGCAUAA